UCCGAAAAUCAUUCCAAAUCUAAAAAAGCAAAACAAAACCCUACAUUUUCAAAUCCUCUUGCAAAUUUUCUCUUCAGUCUAGUUCUAGUUCCAAUUUGAGAAUGUCUGGUCGUGGCAAGGGAGGAAAGGGAUUGGGCAAGGGAGGUGCGAAGAGGCACCGGAAAGUGCUUCGCGACAACAUUCAAGGCAUAACGAAACCUGCAAUUCGGCGAUUGGCGAGAAGAGGUGGUGUGAAGAGGAUUAGUGGAUUGAUAUACGAGGAGACCAGGGGAGUGCUCAAGAUAUUUUUGGAGAAUGUGAUUCGUGAUGCAGUGACUUAUACUGAGCAUGCUAGGAGGAAGACAGUUACGGCCAUGGAUGUGGUGUAUGCUCUGAAGAGACAGGGAAGGACCCUUUAUGGUUUUGGAGGCUAAUCCAAAUGUUUUGGUGAUUCCUUUUCUCUGAAAUUGUCCUGUGAGAUAAGAGUUGCUUGUUCCUUUUGAAUUCUUGUGAUUUUCAAAGAACUGUUUGGUUCUUUGUGGGGUGAAAAAAGGAAAUUGGAACUUCAAUUGAUUUUUUGAGAAAUGAAAAGUAAGGUGCAGAACACAUUGGAAUGUAGGAACACUUUUGCUUGGUUCA